AUGGAUGUCAUCGAUUUGAUAGAGACAUCCGCUUCUAAUGGACACAAAUUCAAUUUGGUUGCCGUUGAUUACUUCACCAAGUGGGUGGAAACAGCUUCAUCCAAGUUGGUAACCAAGAAAGUGGUGGCUGAUUUUGUUAGCAACAAUUUGAUAUGCAGAUUUGGAGUGCCAGAAUCCAUCACUAGUGAUAAUAGUGCAAAUCUCAACACUCACUAUAUGAGAGAGAUAUGCGAGGAAUUUAAGAUUACUCAUCAAAACUCGACCGCUCAUUGUCCUCAAAUGAAUGGAGCUGUGGAGGCCGCCAAUAAGAAUAUCAAGAAGAUUCUAAGGAAAAUGAUUGACAAGCAUCGAGUAUAUGGACAAGAAGCAGUCAUACCUAAUGAAGUCGAAAUACCGUCUUUGAGAAUCAUCCAAGAGGCUGAGUUAAGUAAUGUUGAAUGGAGAUGGAUGGCAUCGUAUGGCCGAAACCAAUCAACUGAAAUGCUGACAAGAGAUACUACGUGUGAAGCUUCAGUUUGCAUUCCUGUUAUUUACUUGUAA